UCAAAUCGCUUCAUUAAUUUAUACCCUAAUACUACAUCGAGGGAGGUUAGCUAUAUUCUAGCAACACUUCACUAAAUUGGUGUCUGAUUUGCGACGCGGCCAGUGAGAAAGCUAUAAAUACAGAGAAAUGGCGGCAGUUUGAAGUUAAAAUCCAGAUUCAUCAUGGCGACUUGUGCAGUUCAGCUGAUUGAUAAAAAGCCCAGGAAGAAAAUAGAGAAGAAGAAAGAAACCCUGCUGGUCCCAGUGAGGAAAGAACCACAACCUAAACAUCUGCUACAGAACCGAUGGGCUUUGUGGUUCUACAAGAAUGAUAAGAGUAAAAUGUGGCAGGACAAUCUGAGACUCAUCACCAGGUUUGACACCGUUGAGGAUUUCUGGGCGUUGUACAACAACAUUCAGGCAGCCAGCAAACUCUCGUCAGGAUGCGACUAUUCUGUGUUCAAGGAUGGCAUCGAGCCCAUGUGGGAGGACAGGAGCAACAAAUGCGGCGGCCGCUGGCUCAUCACCCUCUCCAAACAGCAGAGACACUCCGAUCUCGACCACUUCUGGCUGGAGACGCUGCUGUGCCUCAUCGGCGAGGGUUUCGGGCCCUACAGUCGAGACGUCUGCGGCGCCGUCAUCAACGUCCGCGCCAAAGGGGACAAAAUCGCCAUCUGGACCACCAACACGGAGAACGCCGAGGCCGUAACCUACAUCGGGCGAAAGUAUAAAGAAAAUUUGGGGCUUCCUUCUAAGCUGGUGAUUGGUUACCAGGCUCACGCCGACACCGCCACCAAGAGCAACUCCAUCACCAAGAACAAGUUUGUGGUUUAGAUGGAAACAUCAGAGCUUUGUUUUGUUCUUUUUGUUGUUUUUUUUCCUGAUAAUUAGCACUUCUGUCACCAAAAACAUAACAAAAUGUUUGAUUUUCUUUGUUGCAAGUGUUUCUGAAUGAAUGAAUAAAUAAAUAAAUGAUCGUUGAUGUGAUUUAGGUUAUCGUAAUUGGGUUAUAAGUUACGAGUCUGAUGAUUUAUUUUCCUUGUUGAUGAAUAAAACUGGCCAGUCUGGAGACUUCAUUUCUUUUGCUCCUUUAACAAAGAUUGUGGUUGUUACACCAUUAUAAAUGUGAACAUUCUCCUUUUGAGCUUUGUUGUUCUUUAAAUAAAUAAAAGUGAAAGUUGA